AUCACUAUACACCCAUUUCUUGCAUCUAUAAAGUGUUACCUUAAUUGAUUAAUUCGUAUAGGAAAAGUCCUACACACAAUAUCUAAACAAAGAAAAUGAGCCUUCCUUCUUUCCUAUUGCUUUCCCUCACAAUUUUCUUGUGUUCUUUCAAUCCAUUUGUUGAUGCCAACCACCUCAUCCAACAAACAUGUAAAAAUUGCUCAAAAAGUGAUCCCAACAUAAGCUACAAAUUUUGCAUAACAUCUCUUCAAUCAGAUCAUAGGACCCAAUGUGCCAAAAACCUUGAAGAAUUAGGUCUCAUAUCUAUCAAGAUAACAAGGCACAAUGUGACAAAUACUUGUGAUUACAUCAAAGAGCUUUUAGAGAAGAAAACUAGAGACCCCUUUAUCAAAGAAUGCUUGGAUGAUUGUCUUGAUGUAUAUUCCGAUGCAAUUACAACUUUUAGAGAAGCCAUUCGAGAUUAUAAAGCCAAACGUUAUGAAGAAUGUAAUAUUAAGCUAAGCUCAAUCAUUGAUGACUCAACAACUUGUGAAGAUGGAUUCAAGCAAAAGAAUGAUGUCAUUUCACCAUUGACAAAGAGAAACAAAAAUAUUUUUCAGCUUUCAGCUAUAGCACUUUCGAUUGUUAACAUGCUCAAUAAGGAUAAAUUAAAUGGUACAUUCUGAUUGAUUUUUUUUUAUUUUUUUUAUGCAUGAUGGUUUAGGAUAUAAAUUAUCAUUAUACAUUAUUAUUUCUUAUCAAAUAAUAAUUCUAUAAUGUAUA